AUGAAUCGAAUCGAGAGAAUUUUGGAGGGAUUCGAUCCGGUGAGCAAUGGACUUGAUGAAGAUUUUGUGCUCACAAAGUUGACUGGAAUGAAGGGUUGUGGGUGUAAAGUUCCAAGGAAUGUGCUCCUUCAAUUGCUCCAAACUUUUAAAACUGAUUUAGUCAUUAAUAAUGAUGAAGUUGACAUUGGUCUCGAUAGUUGCGUAAUUCCACUCCGUCAUCCGGGUCUUCGACUCGUACAAACCACUGAUUUCUUCUAUCCACUCAUUGAUGAUCCAUAUAUUAUGGGACGUGUAACAUGUGCCAAUGUAUUGUCUGAUUUGUAUGCAAUGGGAGUUUCCGAGUGUGAUAAUAUGCUUAUGCUGCUCGCAGUGGCUAUUGAUUUGAACGAGAAGCAGAGAGAUAUUGUCGUUCCGUUGUUUAUUCAGGGAUUCAAGGAUGCAGCUGACGAAGCAGGCACAAAGAUCCGUGGUGGCCAAACAGUCCGUUGUCCUUGGCUUCUGCUCGGCGGAGUUGCCACUUCAGUUGCUCAUGAAUCAGAAAUCAUAAAAGUAGAUCAAGCAGUUCCUGGAGAUGUUCUGAUAUUGACUAAACCAAUUGGAGGCCAGGUUGCCGUGAACUCGUACGAAUGGAUCAAAAAGAAGAACGGAAAAAUUGAAGAGCUCAAUCUAGAAAUUCCAAAAAUCGAAAAAGCAUUCAAACAAGUCUGCGAGCAAAUGAGCCGUUUGAAUAGAAAUGCGGCGAAGCUUCUUCACAAAUACGAUGCUCAUUCUUCAACUGACGUCACUGGAUUUGGACUUCUAGGCCACGCCGAGAAUUUGGCGCGAGUUCAAAAGCAGCCAAUGGAGUUUAUUAUCGAAAAGCUUCCAAUCAUUGAGUAUAUGGAUGAAAUUGCUGAUAAAAUGAUUGCAAAAGGAGGAGAGGGAUUCAAAUUGUAUCAGGGAACAUCAGCAGAGACAAGUGGUGGACUUUUAAUUGCAAUGUCGGAAGAGAAUGCAAAAAAAUACAUUGCCGAACUCUCCUCUCUUGACAACGCACCCGCAUGGAUUAUCGGCAAGGUCACUGCAAAAACAACGGAUUCUUCGAUUGCCCGCAUUCUGCCUGAUGCCGUUCGUAUCUCUGUUCCCUCUCAUAUUUGACCUGUUUUCCUGUUUCCCCACUCUUCUUUUUCUCUUAUCACUUGUAUUUAUUUGUUUCCAAUGCUUUACCUGCUUUACCCUGUGAUUGUAUUUUUCUUCAAUUCUUUACAUACCUCAUAACAAUUUUACCUUUUUUUUUUUCAUACAAUACAAUUUUAAUUUAAA